AUGUACGGUGAUAUCCAAUGUCGGGAAAAUUGGUCAAAGAAGAGCCUCAUAGGGCAGAUCGAACAGGGCCCAAUACAUAUGGGUGAAAUCCUCAAAUAUGUCGCGGAUGUGUCCACGUCGAACCGUGUUAUGGUCGUAAAAGAGUAUUCCGGGUCUGCAGGCCUUCUGCAAUGGAAAACAGAUUUCGAUCUACACAGUAAGGCGCCAAGGCAUCCGAACUUCCGUCAGCUGUAUGGAGUUGUAAAAUCUCGGGAUUGGCCUUGCUUAGUGUUUCAUGGGGCUGACGACGAAAUUCCAUACUGUCAAUAUCCUAAGCUCUUUGAUAAACGUAUCCAACCUUUAGCAAAAUCGGUAUUGAGCCUUCUCAAGUUCUUGAUCUCAUGCUGGGGUGUAACUUUGAAUGAAAGCACGGCACGUUGUUCCCCAGACGGACGUCUGAUAUUCGAUGAUUUGGAGGAACUGUCAUGGGCGACGACGUGGGACAAGAUAUACGUCAAUGAUUUUGAAAAUAUCCUUGGUCCCGUGCCGCCAGCAGUACAAUGGUCGCUCAAUCUUCUGAUGCUUCGGCCACAGGAGCCUAGCGUCCAAAAAGAGCACCUCAUCUGGUACUUUCAUGUCCUGUCAGUUGGGACGCCAUGGUCUAUGUUCCCAGACGUAGAUAUAGUUAUACCCAACUCCACACACAUCGGAACUAUCGUUAUCAGUGACCCUCUGGAACACCGUCACUUCACAGUGAAUUGCCUCGGAGAUGGAAUCCCACCAGUCAAGCUUUCAAUCCAGUCUUAUGCGACGGGAGAACUUCUGGAGCUUCCAAAUGGACUCUGGAGGUUCAUACGUCCACAGACAACGAUCAAUGAAAGUGAAAGCUUCAUUCGUUCCAUACUCCCUGAAGCAUUUGACUUACUUGGCCUCGGAUUCACAUGCUCCAUGGAAUUAACAUCGGACGCGAGGUCCCAACAUCUCUGCAGUUGGUUCUCGCAAGGUCCACGAAUAUUGGCAAAGAUAUCCGAGACCUUAAAUGACAAUCAUCACCCGGAGUUGGUAGUUUCUCAAUUUAACAAGAGGCGAUUUCAAAUCCGCGUACUGAGAUCAGACUCAGAAGUUGACUCGGACUCUCUCCCGCCCGACAUUCCAUACAUAUUCAUUGACCUUCCUUUUAUGUGUCAGAAUGGAAAGUCUCACUCCAUCACUCUUCCCGACGUAUAUCUGUCUAUGGAUCCGCAAGGCGCCAGACCUGGUUCUGACUGCGCGUGGAAAAACCUUUAUAAGCUUGAGGUAGUAGAUAUGGGUGACAGCGGGCUAUUUGUUAGUCGAGUUAACCUCAAGAUGGCCUGUUUCCUUCAAGAGCGCUGUGGGUUUCGCACUACGAGUGUCGACGCCGCGAUCUUCUUAAACCAAAGGGAACUGACUUUCCAGAUGAUCAACGACGAAGCGAUCAGGAAUGCACUGUCUAACGGUGUCGAUAUUUCUGUGUGUGACGAUCAAGAAGACUUUCCGGUACGAUGGGAAGAACUGAAAGAAUACUCCGCUUUGCUGAAGUGCUACGACGGGAUUGAACUACUUCCGGAGGAUCGUGAUACUCCUAGUAAUGAGAUCGUUCAGAUCCCCGAAGAUGAAUUAAACCUGAAGUCUUACUCCGGGGCACAUAAUGCUGGAUGUGAUUCAGACUAG